AUGGGUUCUGCGAGUUUGCUUGGUGAUGUUCAGACGGAAACUCGCUUCUUACGACCGCUGCUGCAUGGCACCUGGGGUCCAGAACACAUGCUCAUGGAUGACCGCGGUGUCGAACAAGCAAAGAUGCUGCAGAACCAAGGCAAAGGGUCAAUAGAAACAAGCAUUAUUACUAGGUUUCUGGGGCGAUCCUGUAAUAACCAGGUCUACGGGUCGUCACAAGAUUGGGAGAUCAAGCAAGGAGAUGCCCGAUCCUGA